AGCGCUUCUUAAAGAAGACCACCACGAAUACCUCCUUGCCGGUAAUCUAACAAAAAUAUCUACGUCCCAGUUCUCUUUGCCCAUCGAAAUCUAGCGUCUUUAAACCAAAUGCAUCUUCUGGACUUGCCUGUGGACUUGCUUCAGUUAGCUGCUGAUUUCCUGGACGCGGAGAAAGACAUCAACUCGUUCGCUCAAAUUAACCGGCAGAGUUAUUCUGUCCUCAACCCUUACCUAUAUCGGCGUAAUUCGCUGAAGUUGGGGAGUUCCGCGCUGUUAUGGGCUGCCCAGCGAGGGAGUGGGGGGACGGCUCGAGCCUGCCUUUCAGAAGGAGCUGAUGUUGCAGCGUUCGAUAAGUUCGGCAGAACACCACUAUUCUUGGCUGCGUCGAAGGGCAGUGAGGAGGUGGUAAAGGUGCUACUUGCGACAAGGCAGGUGGACGCCAACUCGAAGGACUGCUUUGGCUGCACACCGUUAACCGGCGCUGCAUCAUAUGGGCACGAGGCAGUGGUGAGGCUGUUACUUGCGACGGCGACGGUCGAUGCGGACUGGAAGGACAACUUCGGAUUUACACCAUUGAAUUAUGCUGCAUCAUGGGGGCACAAGGCAGUGGUGAGGCUGUUGGUUGCGACUGGGAAGGUUGACGCGGACUUGAAGGACAACUACGAUUGCACACCGUUAUCUAUAGCAGUGUCGAAAGGCGAUAAGGCAGUGGUGACACUGUUAUCUGCGACAAGGAGGUUCGAUAUGGACUCAACGGACUUGUUAUGAGAUUUCUAUUAUGAGGCUAUUCCCACAUUGAUGCUUUACGGGAUGCAGAAGCCUGAGGUGCCUUCCUCAAGGCAUCCCACGACGGAAGGGUACUGGUCUUUAGUUCUGUACUCAUACGAAUAGGUACAAUGCGAAGUAUUAUUACUAUGUAUAUGCCAAACGGG